AUGAUCCUUGACUUAAAUUACAACUAAAUAAGUGACGAAGGGGCUUCUUUUAUAGGUUCUGGUUUAACUAAUUACUUAGAAAUUUAAAAAUUAUCACUUGAUUUUAACCUUAAUUCUAUUGGAAACUAAGGAAUUUAAGCAUUAGGCUAGGCUAUUAGUAGUUGCUCAAAUAUUCAAUCUCUAAAAAUAAGUUUAUGGAAUAAUAAAUUUUAAGGUUCAGCAUUAGCUUAAUUUUGUGAUUAGAUGAAGAAUUGUUAGAAUCUUUAAAAAUUAUAACUUAAUUUAAGAAGAUGCAACGUAGAUUCAAACACUUUAUCUCUAGUUAGUGAUUCGUUAUCACAAAUUAAAAAUAUAUCUGACUUAACUCUCUCCAUUGAACAAAAUGGAAUUUGCUAAAUUGGGUUAUCUUCUUUAGCAUCUAAGCUAUUAUUACUAAACAAUCUUUAAAGAUUAACACUAGAUCUAAGUUAAACGCUUAUAGGUGAAGCAGGUAUUAAUAGUUUAUGUUAAGCUUUACCUAAUUAUUAAAAGCUUUCUUACCUAACACUCACCUUGAUCUCUAACAACCUAAAUACUUAGUGUGCUAUUGAUUUAGGUAUUUCUUUGGAAAACUGUAAAAAUCUAUAGGCGAUAUAUCUAAACCUUUAUUCUAAUAAUAUCAAUGAUGAAGGAGCAAAAGCAUUAAUUUCUUCACUUAAAAAUUGUGAGAAACUUAAAGAUUUGUUUUUAACACUUGCGUAAUGCAAUCUAAAUGACUCAUGCAUCCCUUAUAUUGGCUCUGAUUUAAAAAAAUUUUAAUCCCUUAACAUUUUGGCAAUCUGUUUAUUAUUUAACAAUUUAAAUAUGCAAUCCUAGAUAAUAUUAAAGAAUUUUGUUCAUAAGAUGCCAAGGCUGAUAUCAAAUAUUCUAUAGUUUUGA